UAGGAAUGAUUGUGGCAUUGUUUAUAGUGGUGGCUAUUUUAUACAUAUAUAUUAAAGUAAGAGAGGAUAAUUUUCGUAAAAAAUAUAAAGAAUUUUUCUCUUUACCAUCAUUAUCAAGCUUGCCAUUUUUGGGAAAUUCUCAUCAUUUUAUUGGACAAAAUGUUCUUCAUAUUUUUUUGAACCUUGUAAACACUUGUGGAGUUCCAUGUUAUGUCCAUCUUCCAGAAAGAUUUUAUGUGACCGCAUCUCCAGAGGAAUAUAAAAUAAUCCUAAAUCAUCCAAAUAGUAUAGAAAAAAGCACAACCUAUAAUUUUUUAAAUAAUUUUUUUGCGAGCAGUCUUUUAUUGGCACCACAUCAUCAAUGGAAGAAAAACAGAAAAUUCCUAUCAAAAGGAUUUAACCAAAUGAUACUUGACUCAUUCGUAACUGUAUUUUACGAUAAAAGCCAAUAUUUAAACGUAAAACUAAAAAAUAAUGAUUAUAAUCAAAAUGAUAUAUAUGCUUUAUUUGAGAAGUAUACAUUGGAUGUUUUUUGUGAGGCAACACUUGGAAUAGAAACUAAAGUAAUAGAUGAAGACGAAAGUGAUCUUGUUAAUUUUAUAACAAAAAGUCAAAGGAUUUUAAUAGGAAGAAUUUCAAAUGUUUUAAAACAUUUUGAUUUUCUAUUUAACUUAACAGAAGAUGGCAAAUACAUUAGUGCAGGUUCAAAACUCUUUUAUAACUUUGUUUUGGAUAUAAUUGCCAAAAAAAGGAAAAUGAUAGCUGAAGGUAAAUAUGUUAUGGCACGAACAAAUAAGUUACCGGUACUGGAUUUACUUCUGUCGGAAAAGGAAGAUUUUGACGAUAAUUAUAUAAAGGAAGAAAUGUUACUAUUUGCUGGCGCUGCAACGGAUACCACAGCUUAUUCAAUGUCCUACACAUGUUGUUUAUUGGGAAUGCACCCCGAAAUACAGGAAAAGGUAUUAGAGGAGGUUAUGGACGUCAUUGGAAAGGACAGAGACAUUACGUGUAAUGACUUACAUCAACUAAAAUAUACAGAAAUGGCUAUAAAUGAGUCAAUGAGGCUAAUACCAACGGUACCAAUGAUUGGUAGAAGAGCUGUGGGAGAUUUAGACUUGGGAACUAGGGUUAUUCCGGCCAAUACAGAUGUUAUUUUAAUGUUUAUACAUACGCAUAGAAAUGAGAAAUACUAUCCAAAUCCAAAGAAAUAUGAUCCUAAUAGAUUUUUACCCGAGGAAGUUGCAAAAAGGCCACAAUAUUCUUAUUUGCCAUUUUCAGGAGGACCAAGAAAUUGUAUUGGCAUGAAAUAUGCAAUGAUGGUUAUGAAAACAACAAUAGCUAAUAUUGUAAGAAAUUUCCAUAUAACGACGAAACACAAGUCAAUUGAUGAAUUAGAGUUUGAGUCCAGUAUUGUAAUGACCACCAAAAAUCCAUUGGACUGCCAUUUUACGCCUAGAAAAUGA